AUUCAAGCAAUUAAUUCAUUUUUUGUUCUUUAAUAUCUUGUUCGACUCCUCUCACAAUCAAAAAACGGCACACACGAACAAAAAAACAUACAUAAGAAUCAAAGAAAAUUUUUGUGGGCGGAAAAAUAACCCAUAUGUGUGAACCAAGGCAGUUUUCUUAUCUCAUUUUCCAGAAAUUAAUUUUUUCUUGCUCUACAAGCCACAGAUUUGACAUCAACAAAAGGGUGGUGACGAAUUUAUUGGAAUUUUCCGAGCCCUAAAUUUGUUAAACCAUAUAAAUUCAUUGAUCGGUUCUUAAUCAAUUUGUUGCAAUGCGGAGAUUGGUAGCAGACAAAACAAAGCAACUCAUUAGAACUCACUUCCUUACUUAUAAAUCUCAUCACCCUUCUCUUGCUUCUCAAUCGUUUUUCUUCUCUUCUUAUUAUUCAACUUCUACUUCUACUACUACUUUUCCUUCUUCAAUGGAGUCUUCUGAUUCAUCACACCAGCUAUCUCUUCAGACUCUCAAUCCAAAGGUAUUGAAAUGUGAAUAUGCUGUUCGUGGAGCAAUUGUUACUCAAGCUGAGAAAUUGCAAGAACAAUUGAAGAAAGACCCCAAAUCUCUCCCCUUUGAUGAGAUACUUUACUGUAACAUAGGAAAUCCUCAAUCUCUUGGGCAGCAGCCAAUAACAUUUUUCCGAGAGGUUCUUGCUCUGUGUGAUCACCCAAACAUUUUGGAUAAAAGUGAAACACAAGGACUCUUCAGUGCUGAUUCAAUAGAAAGAGCUUGGCAGAUUUUGGAGCAAAUACCAGGAAAGGCUACUGGUGCAUAUAGUCAUAGUCAGGGUAUUAAGGGACUGCGUGAAACAAUUGCUGCUGGAAUCGAAGCACGAGAUGGUUUCCCAGCCAAUGCAAAUGAUAUUUUCUUGACUGAUGGAGCAAGCCCUGGGGUGCACAUGAUGAUGCAACUAUUGCUGAGGUCAGAGCAAGACGGAAUUCUUUGCCCCAUUCCACAAUAUCCGUUGUAUUCUGCUUCAAUUGCACUCCAUGGUGGAACUCUGGUUCCUUACUAUCUUGAUGAAGCAACUGGAUGGGGUUUGGAGAUUUCCGAGCUGAAGAAGCAAUUAGAAUCUUCCAAAUCCAAGGGCGUAACUGUUCGAGCCUUGGUUGUGAUAAAUCCCGGCAACCCAACUGGGCAGGUUCUUGCUGAGGAAAACCAGAAGCAAAUUGUUGAAUUCUGCAAGAAAGAAGGUCUUGUGCUUUUGGCAGAUGAGGUUUAUCAGGACAAUGUUUAUGUUCCGGACAAGAAAUUUCACUCGUUUAAGAAGAUUGCACGUUCUUUGGGGUAUCAGGAGAAUGAUCUCCCCUUGGUUUCAUUUCAGUCAGUUUCUAAAGGAUUUUAUGGAGAAUGUGGGAAAAGAGGAGGUUACAUGGAAGUUACAGGCUUUACUGCUGACAUCAGAGAACAAAUUUACAAAGUUGCUUCUGUCAAUUUGUGUUCUAAUUUAACUGGUCAGAUUCUUGCUAGCCUUGUCAUGAGCCCACCAAAGGUUGGAGAUGAAUCGUAUGAAGUUUAUUCUGCUGAAAAGGAGGGAAUCCUUUCAUCCAUGGCUAGGCGUGCGAAGACAUUAGAAGAUGCAUUCAACAGCUUAGAAGGCGUGACAUGCAACAAAGCAGAGGGAGCCAUGUACCUAUUCCCCCGCAUCAAUCUUCCCCAGAAGGCGAUUAAAGCUGCUGAGGCAGAGCACAUUGCGCCUGAUGCAUUCUAUGCUCGUCGUCUGCUCGAAGAGACUGGAAUUGUCGUCGUUCCUGGAUCUGGUUUUGGACAGGUUCCGGGCACUUGGCACAUCCGGUGUACAAUUCUUCCGCAAGAGGAUAAAAUCCCAGGAAUUGUUGAGCGUUUAACAGCAUACCAUCAGAAGUUCAUGGACGAGUUUCGUGAUUGAGAAUAAGCUAAAUACCUUGCCCGAGCAAAGUUUGGUGAUCCAAGUCGUAUCAUUACUCGGGAACAAUCGUUUAAUUUAUUCGUACAAAAUCUGUAUUGGUGGCUACAACCAUUUAGCAAAACAUUUGGCAUGUUGGCUCAAUAAUCCAACAUAUAUUUUGUGUUGAACUUUGCUGGAAAAAGCAUUUACGAGCAUUUUUUAGUUCUGAAAAUAAUUAAGUUGCAAUAAUGCCCGCAUUAAUAUUACCCUGGGAAGAUUGAUCGUUAGAUCUA